GGAUAUUGUAGUUUUAUAAUAAAGUUAAACCAGCUCAUUUGAAGAGUAGCCUCAUUGUUUUGAACUACUAGUCCCGGAAUGCUUGUAGUUUCAAAGCAAACAGAAGCCGAGAGUUGUGGCGUGAAGGUGUAAAUAUAUGAUUUGGUUAGUGUCUAAAUAAGGCUAUGGCGGAAACCUUAUUACCAUGGAUCAAAAGUGAGAUUCCCCGACAUCUCUGAUACACAGUUUGGCGAGACAUGGUAAAUUUAAAGAUGGCAGCUGUCAGAGCAAAGUCAUUUCGUCGCCAAGGAAGUCUCAUUAGGAGCAAAUCUGAGGGGACGUUGAUUGAUCUAGACGACACUGGAACGCUGAACAUCAACAAUUUAAAUGGGAGUAGUUACAUAAUAAAUCAAGUGACAAAACAUUCAGAGUGGCCUGUGUUGCAGCCGGAGGUCAAACAUGGAAGUCAAACCACAAAUCCAUUCUGGAACAAACUGUCUAUAUCCAAUCCGUUUUUGGAUGACAUUUUACACACAAACAAUGACAAAACAUUAAGCAACGCUGAUCUAUCAGUACAGAAAGAUGAACCUUCGACUCUGUUUGACAGUGAGAACUUUGACGCCAGUAGCACAUCUUCGGACGAAACAAACUUCGCCCAUUUUGCGGUUACGAAGCAGAAGAGCAUAAGACAAUCAGGGAGAUGGAGGAGUGCCUCGGAUAUUCUCGGCGACCAGGAGAGAAAGGAACCGAAAAUGGAAAACGGCCUCAAAUUGUCAGCAGGCCCAUUUCUGAAUGCAGAUUUUGAGUGGUUGAAAAAUGACCGGGAGGCGUACAAAAUGGCCUGGUUGAGUCACAGGCAGCUAACGAGGUCAUGUCUUGACCUAGGCCUGAUGAGUCAGAGUCCUGGAUGGGCCCAGACCCAAGCCACCGACUCUCAGAUAGUCUGCAAGAUAGGUCACAGCGGAGGGUCACUACAGUUACCAGACUCUGAUAUUACCGCCCAUAUCCCAGAGGGCCAUGUUCCUGCUGGGGAGGUUCAGGAGGUUGCACUGAAAGCCAUCCUGGAGCCCCCUCACGGGCUGAACAACAACUACAUGACAACCGUGAGUCCGCUCCUGGAGGUGAGUCUCAGCAACACGAGCGGAAAGGAAUCCAUCUCGCUGGAAAUGAAAAUGGUCGCAGAGGUCAAGAAGGAUCCGAUAAGUCAGGUCAUGACCACAUUUGUGGGACUAGUGUCCAACAAGAGAGAGGGACCUUAUCAGAAAGUCAAGGACUGUUACAUUUACAAGAACAUCAUGCAGAUGAAUCUUCAAGACUUAAAGUCUAAUUUCUAUGUUAUUGUAGCCGCAGAGGCCUCGGUUAUCCAGCCCCCUGCUACAUCCGUUUGGGAUUACCUGGAUCGUCAAGUCACCGUCGCCGUUUAUGGCCCAAAGUAUAUCCAUCCAUCUUUCAAAGUGGUCGUGGUCGUCUCUUGCCACGAUAACGUUCCACCGAGGCUUCCGUUCUCAGAUAUCCACAGGGGCAACAGAAACUUGCCCCCCCUGGUGCUACAGCUCUGGGAGAAGCACCAUUUUAGCCCAGAGAGACUGAAUGACCUACACAUUGUGACUUCCGUCAUAGCGUCAAAGUUCAAAGUCAAAGCCCAGGAUAAAAGGAAAGAGGUGAAACAAGGGCUACUCAAACUGGGUAAAGUCAUUCACCUGCCUCUUGAGCUGGCCAAGAUGGGCAAUGGGGAGAUGGAUUCCUUUAAACUAUGCCUCCAGGUGAGGGAUUCAAACAGUGUCACAGUAGCAGAGUUCCAGGUGUCUUCCCCUGCAGCGGCACCUAUUCGCUCUGAAAAGCGAGAUCCCAUGCGAAACAAAAUGUGUCAAUCGCUAUCUAUACCGGAGGAAUCCGUCCCAGAGUUCCCAAAAUUCUGGACCAGACCUGUGAAGGUGCAGUGUUACGGGGUGGCACUGAAGUCAGUGCUCCGUCAACCGCGAGUGGAGUACCUCCUGGAGUACUUCAAGGGUGACACCGUGGCUCUCCUCUCCAGAGAGACCGUGAGGUCGGUGGGCCAGUCCAAAGUCAAGGAGUGGUACAUCGGCUUCCUCCGAGGCAGGACCGGCCUGGUCCAUUGCAAGAACGUCAAGCUCAUCACCCGAGACCAAGUGAUCGACUUCAACGGCACUGACUUCACCACCGAGACCCUCUUGGACAACAUGGCACUGCCGUUCAAGAAGCUCACCUACAUCUACUCAGACAUCCAGACACUGGUGACUGAACACAUCCCCAGCUGGAGGGGCUUCGCUGAUGCCCUGGGCUACUCGAGCUUGUUGCUGGACACAAUCACACGGAGACAUGCUGAAACAGAGGCCGAGAAGGUGGCCUGCGUGCUGGAGAAACUGAAGGAGGACUGCCACACUGAGAACAGCAAGAAGAAGUUCCAGCACAAGCUCAUGAUCGGUCUGUUGAAGAUGGACUCUCAGGCUCUAGUGGCUCAUCUGAUCCAGAACACGGUCAUCCUGUCCACAGCGGUGGAGCUGGGUAUCAGGUGGAGGGAGCUCGCUGAGAGGCUGGGGAAACUCUCCAGUGCUCAGAUCGCUGCUUACGAGGCACCACACCGGGGGAAGAGUGGAGAAGUUAGCGCCGUGUCUAUGUGGAAACCUGCCUAUGACUUCCUGUACUCAUGGAGCCAGCUGUACGGAGAGGGCUACCAGGACAUGAUCCAGGACCUCCACCUGGCCCUAGACAAGAUGAAGAGCCCAAUCACCAGACAGUGGAGGCAGCUGACCGGGGCGCUAAUCGCAGUCAACUGUCUGGAGAUCCUCAGGGUCUCAGCCUUCCCCAAACCAUAGAACCCCACUGAGGAGAAGAAUGAGCACGCUGGAGAGCUCGAAUGGGUUACAACUGUAGAACUGAGGCCACAGAGGCCCUUUGAUAAAGCUUACUGCAGUUCCCACUAUCUUUGAAUAUGGAGGUCCUUGUUACGAUGCAGAGGGGGAGGCGAAGAUGAAGUCAAUGUUUGUUCUUGUUCUUGUAUUGUGCCGUGUCUUUGCCCACUUUGUCAGAGUUUCUUCUUAGAGUUCAGUUCAUGUCGUAAACAUAAUUAUUUUGUUCAUACAAAGCCAGAACCAGUGUACGAACAUAUAUCUCAGCCAUAUUUUUUAUUUUUUAUUUGACCUUUUAUUUAACUAGGCAAGUCAGUUAAGAACAAAUUCUUAUUUUCAAUGACGGCCUAGGAACAGUGGGUUAACUGCCUGUUCAGUGGCAGAACGACAGAUUUGUACCUUGUCAGCUCGGGGAUUCGAACUUGCAACCUUUCGGUUACACCAUACAUACACCAUAUGUAUCUUUACAUGGGUUUUAUAAAGGCUUCGUUUUGAUAAUUUGUGUAACAGACAUCUGCUUCCUUUGACAUCAUUUCUUAAGACAAAACAGCAGAAACUAUAUUGAGGUCUGUUACUUUGGGUUUUUCUGUUUGACAGCGCUUGUUAUUGAUUUUACAUUAAUAGUAACAUACAGUAGAGUUAGCACUUCCAGUUGUCACACAGUUUUAUACCUUUUAUAUUUUAUGUUACAAUGUUACAUGAAAUCCCCCUGGUUUUUCAUUACAUUUUACAUUUAUUUACGUUUAUUUUAGCUUGUAUUUACGCUAAUUCUGGUUAAUUCUGGUUAAGGUUGGAAGGGAUUACAUUUGUUUUAUCUGCCAGAUCCAAUCCUCAGUAUUCAGAUUGCUAUUUUUUAACUCUGUCUUAAGCCCAUACACUCAAACCUUUUUCAGUGCAUUUAGUUUUGUCUACUUGAAAAUAGCAUAUUAUGUUAAAAUAUAUUUUAAAUAUGUAAUAUAAUGUAAAACAACCUUGUUGUGAUUUUUCUGAAAUAUAAUAUUUCACAAUGUUGAUUUAUAACUGAAAUGGUGACCUGGUGUGUAUGAAGUAUGAAUUAAUAUCACUUACAUUUUGACAGAUAAGUAAUAUAUGACUAUUUUCAAUGAAUUGUCAACUAAAGUAGUUAAUUGAGAAGAAGACCCAUUAUUUAUGUUCUAGUUCAUCACCAGGUUGUGAAUCACUUGUCUUGUAAGAGUAGCAGGGAUAGUGAGCAGUAAGGGUCUGUGUCUUGCAUUGUGGGUAGUGUAAUAAUGUGACAAGAUACUACGAGUAGUGUCAUGUGGUUCACUUUGGUCUCUAACAUGUCACAUCCGUUCAGUUAAAGAUACAUGAGAAUAUUUGGUUUCCGUUAGGGACUUGCAUUGACCCUAAUACUGAAGUCUGUUCAUACGGGGGGAGGAUUGAAACGACUUGAUUUACCAUGGCAAUAACGCUUUAAUUACAUAGGCCUAGAUCACAUUCUCUGUACAGACAGAUUGUAUACACAGAGGAAACCCUUCAGUUAAAAGACCUGAAGCUGAAAUUCAUCUGAAAUUCCUAAUCCUAACUCCCCAAUUUAUAAGCAAUGAAUCCUGUCCUUGAACCCUAUAUAUGAUUGAAUCCUGUCCUUGAACCCUAUAUAUGAUUGAAUCCUGUCCUUGAACCCUAUAUAUGAUUGAAUCCUGUCCUUGAACCCUAUAUAUGAUUGAAUCCUGUCCUUGAACCCUAUAUAUGAUUGAAUCUUGUCCUAGAAUUUCCUGGCUGUGUGUUUUCUGUUGACUUACUCUUGUUGACCUUUUUAGUUUGACUUUCUCUCCUCUGUUUAUUUAAGCUGGUUUCAACUGAGAGUUGCAUUGUAUGGUCUUUAGUCUUUAUCUGUUGGCGUUGGCAACGGGGAAGCUCAGGAUGUCUAUCCUGUUUCUGUUCUGUAUUACAGGUGAAUGUUAUGACUGCAUACAUUCUGGCUUAAAAUAGAAGAACAAAUAAAUACACAGUAUAUCACAAAA